AUUUACAUGUAGGUCAAUAUAUUAUUUAGGCGGAUAUGACGUAACAUGGCGUCCAUUGUUACCAAGUUGUAAAUUAACAAAAAAUCUGGAAAAAUGAUUAUUUACGUCGAAAGCAAGGAAUUCCAUUACAAGUCGUUCAUCACUGUGGUGAAGCCAGAUGACAAGGUUGCCAGGGUGCGAGCACAAAUGCUCCACAUUCUGUAUGAGAUUGGCAGAGAAGAUUUUCAGUUUAGACUAAGGUAUAAUGGCCAAUAUCUCAGGGAUGUGUUCAGUCUUACAGAUUACAAGCUGGUACCCAACUCAGUGGUGCAAAUGGUUCCUCUUUCAGAAAGCAGAGACGACAUGUCAGAUUUGAGGUCAAUGUCUAGCAGUUUGACCAUGAACUUUGACCCUGAGAAAGAAAAGAUACCAUCUGUGAAAUCAGCCCUCUACUAUGAAAUAAAGCAUCUAAACUGGAGGGAACGUCUUGUGAGGGAUAUGCAUACUUUAUUAUACAUGCACUCACUGGCACUGUUCCUGUAUCUUUUGACGUCACACUGGUACUCGAUUUUCUGGUUACUGGCUUACCUGUUACCAUAUUGGUACCUUGUGCCCGGCUUCACUCGUAUCGGUGGCUAUAUUGGAAAUACUUUUCACAGGCGUUUCUGGUUUUGUGGAAUUGUGGGAAUCAUAGGAUUGGCAAUAAUGAGUGUGGCAAUAUUUCUUACUGUUGACAUCAUCACGGACAUUGCGAGUGAUGGUUGUACAAAUGGAGAGUUUACAAAUGGAUGUUCCAGACAAAAUAUCUACUCAACAUUCAUAUUUGGAAUACAUGCUCUAAUCCUACUUGCUUCUAACAUUACAUGUGGGCUUGUACUGUACAGCUUCAGAAUAGAGGUUGGGGAUGUUAUAGAGCGAUAUUUAGUACAAGAACGUGAUAUUGAGGAUGUGAUGAAACUUGCACGCAGUUCUAAACUGAAGGAUAAGCGGACUGCAGCAUAUGAGAUGGCCACAAUGGCUGCAUCAGGUGAUGACAACAAGUUCAGAAUUGUUGCUGAAGGAGGGUUAGAUGUAUUGAUAGCCAUGAUCAUCUCCAAUGAUGAACCUACUCAGGAGUAUGCUGUGGAAGCCUUGUCUGAACUUAUCACCAUUCAAUCCAUACAGGACAACUUUGUUGAAGUGGGUGGGGUACGUAAUUUGACGUCACUUCUUCACUCUAACAGUGCACGAGUUAUUCAAGAAUCUGCACGAGCAUUAUACACCAUAUGUCAGAGUGAUGAAAACAGACAUGCUGUGGCAGAGGAUCAUGGAUUAAUGGACCUUGCUAAUGCAGCAAAGGUUGGCUCUAUAGAAACUCAGCGUAUGGUGGCAAGUAUUUUCCUGGAACUCGUGUUCAACAGUGAGAUACGUGUUCAUCUUACAACAAGGAACACACCAGCACAAGCAUUGGUACAUCUAUGUAAGAGUAAUGACUGGGAGACAAUGAGAUUUGCCUUGUUGACAUUGGAACUGCUUGCCAUUGAGAGUUCUGAUGUAGUCUGUGCACAGGAGGAGUUACUGGAGAUACUGCUGGACAUUCCUAUCAGAACCAAUGACAACAAGCUAAGCCUUCUUGCUGGGAAAAUACUGCUUUACUUUGCUGAACAUGAUCAGUCUCGAGACACUAUGCUGUCUAUGCCAGACUUGAAGGAGAUCUUACUGAACUUUGCCAAGACCAACGAUCCAGUCCUACAGAAAGUUGUGAUCAAAGUUGUAUUCUGCAUGAUGGACACAAGAGAACUCAAGGAGAGAGCUCGUGCCUUGAAACUUGACCAGGUACUGACUUAUUGUAUGGACCAUGCAAUUGACAAACCUGUCUGGGACAUGGCAGAUCAGGGAAUACAAGUAAUCAACUCAGACGAGGAUAAUUUCCCGUCCCUUCCUGUGCUGAGCACAUUUGAAAAACUUGGAAUGGGUCAGAACAACAGCUUUGGUUCCCGAGCCUCACUGAGGUCAGAUCCUAGUGCAUCUGGUUCCCAGAGGUCAUAAGGUCAAAGGGUCACAUGAUCAAAAUAACAACUGGAAAUCAAAAUUGACUUACUCAAUCUGUAGAAACUUUGAAUAUUUAUAGAAGAUUGUUUCAUCUGUGAUAUUUAGCAACUGUUGACAGUUGAAAAUAUUUUCUUUUAACUAACUAUAAUUAUACCUUGUAUAUCAUGACUUGUGAGAACAACAUCAGUUGGGUGUGUGAUAUCAAAAACUUUUAAAUUACUUAAACACUGGUACAGUUGAUGACAUUAUAUUUAAUUUUUACCUUUUAUGUAAAAAGUAUGAAAAACAAAAACACCAGUAAAAUUUUCUUGUCCUGAAUAGAGUGAUAAAGUUCUAAAUACAGAAUCAACACCUAUGACUUCACAUCUAACACCUGUUAUAUUUUUUAUACCGUACAUCAUAUUUGGAAAAUUUUGCUUGAUCAUCAUGCCAUUUUUUCCCCUACUGGGAUAACACUGCAUUUCUAUGACAAAUAUUCACUGGUUGAAUAUAUUUCUGUAUAAUGGGACUAAUAUAGAUGAUCAUAUAAUAUAUUUUUAAUUGCUCUGUUGAACAGAUAAAAUUUAGGAUUAUCUCUUUUGUUACUGUAAUUAUUAAUGCUAGAUUUCUAUUAAUGA